CCCGAGACCAUGGGGAAGCUGGUGGCGCUGGUCCUGCUGGGGGUCGGCCUGGCCUUAGUCGGGGAGAUGUUCCUGGCGUUUAGGAUUGGGUUUUAUCUUCUACAGAGAAAGGAUGAGUGCCUCUCGAGAAGUGGAGCCAGUAGAACCUGAAAACUGCCGCCUUAUUGAGGAACUUGAAAAUGGCUCUGAAGAUAUUGAUAUACUUCCUAGUGGGCUGGCUUUUAUCUCCAGUGGAUUAAAAUAUCCAGGCCUGCCAAACUUUGCACCAGAUGAGCCAGGAAAAAUCUUCUUGAUGGAUCUGAAUGAACAAAAUCCAAGGGCACAAGCACUAGAAAUCAGUGGUGGAUUUGACAAAGAAUUAUUUAAUCCACAUGGGAUCAGUAUUUUCAUCGACAAAGACCAUACAGUGUAUCUUUAUGUUGUGAAUCAUCCCCACAUGAAGUCCACUGUGGAGAUAUUUAAAUUCGAGGAACAACAACGUUCUCUGGUAUACCUGAAAACUAUAAAACACGAACUUCUCAAAAGUGUGAAUGACAUUGUGGUACUUGGACCAGAACAGUUCUAUGCCACCAGAGACCACUAUUUUACCAACUCCUUCCUGUCAUUAUUUGAGAUGAUCUUGGAUCUUCGCUGGACUUAUGUUCUUUUCUACAGCCCAAGAGAGGUUAAAGUGGUGGCCAAAGGAUUUUGUAGUGCCAAUGGGAUCACAGUCUCAGCAGACCAGAAGUAUGUCUAUGUAGCUGAUGUAGCAGCUAAGAACAUUCACAUAAUGGAAAAACAUGAUAACUGGGAUUUAACUCAACUGAAGGUGAUACAGUUGGGCACCUUAGUAGAUAACCUGACUGUCGAUCCUGCCACGGGAGACAUUUUGGCAGGAUGCCAUCCUAAUCCUAUGAAGCUGCUGAUCUAUAACCCUGAGGACCCUCCAGGAUCAGAAGUACUUCGCAUCCAGAAUGUUUUGUCUGAGAAACCCAGGGUGAGCACCGUGUAUGCCAACAAUGGCUCUGUGCUUCAGGGCACCUCUGUGGCUUCCGUGUACCGUGGGAAAAUUCUCAUAGGCACCGUAUUUCACAAAACUCUGUAUUGUGAGCUCUAGACGCUAGAUGGUUAAAAAAAAAAAAAGGUCUACAUAUUUGGUAAAAGUAAGCUGAUAAUUGUAUAAGUGGAACUGCAAGUAAAUAGCAAACA